AUGGAAUUCGAUUAAACAUGCACUCAACAUCCUAAAUAAAAAAUCAGUUGGGUUUGUUUAGAAAAAUAGUGUUAGCAACGAGUAAUGUGUUCACCAUGUGCAGUCAAGAUUCAUGAAAAAUCACAUAAAUUAGAAGAACUUUCAAAUUUAUUAGAAAAUGGAGUCUUGUAAACUUAUUAAAGUAACAGCAGAAAUGUAGGUCUUGGGUUGAAAUAUUUAAUUAAAGGCGAAUCUGAGUUAAUUCAAGAAGAAAAUCGAAUUGGAAAUGAGAAUACUUAUUUUUAAAGUGUUGUAGAAAAAAAUUUGAAGGUUGUAUAAAAAAAGAUGGAUGUUUUUAAAAAAGAGUUUCUGGAGAAAUAAAAGGAGAUUAAAUUAAGUAACUAGGAAGAGAGGAAUAAAGUCAUUAAUGAAUUAGAAUAAUUAAAUCAACAAUUGAAAGUUUCGGAAAAUAUGGGAAAUGAUAUUGAAGAAGCAUUCUAAAAGAUAUAAACCUAUGUAAAUCAUAAAGAAUAUGAAUUUAAAAACAAUAAGGAAGCUGAAAUUGUAAAUAAAAAAAUUUAUCUAUUAAAUUUAAUGAAAGAUAACUACAUGAAAAUGAUAAAAACCUAUUUUAGUAAUGCUUUUACUAUUGAAUUUUGUAAACUAUUCGAUAUGCAAAUGGAAACAUUAAAUUCCAAAGAGGUUCAAGAUGUGAAUGGGUUUUUAGAUUAUGUGGAUAGCAAAUGGAAAUAAGAUUAUAAGAACCUUUCGGUAUCCAUAGAGAAAUUUGUUCAAAAACUACAUGAGGGACUUAAAUAUAUCAUUUAAUUGCCAUUGCAAGAAGAAAAAGGAUAAUUAGCAUAAUUCCCUAUUUAACCUAUGAAAUAAUAAGUUAUAGUUCCAUAAUUUGCUUCUCCAGCUAGAAAUCCGGUUCAGUAUCAAUAACAACCUUAUUUUAUUCCAUUAACACCUUUCAAUUAAGCGCCAUCUUAGUAUCAAUUCCAUUAAUAAUAAAUACCGUAAUCCAGCUAAAGAGUGUACUAAAAUCAGAACCAAUUCCAUUCUGCUCCAGCGCCUAAGUGCGAAGUAGAAAACGAUUAUUUUGCUUAAUCACAAAUAAUCUAUGAAGAACCUCAUGUGCGGAAUAAUACUAGACCUGAUUUUGUUAAUUAGAAAACAGAGACUCCAAUCAAAAAGAAAAUAAGCAUUGAAGAUUUUAUCAAGAUCUAAUAGAUGGGUGAUGGGGCUUAUAGUACUGUAUACAGUUGCCAAAAGAAGGAGGAUGUUUAAAAAGGCAAUAGUAAUCAAUGUCCGGUCUAUGCAAUAAAAAUAAUAGAUAAAAAUUUUAUGAAAUUGGUAUCGAUUAUAUCUAGUAGUUAGAAUAAAAAGCAACAUCAUGCAUACAUUGAGAAAGAGAUGCUUUAAUAUCUAAAAUAUGAUGGAAUAAUUAAAUUACAUUCUACAUUUUAAGACAAAAAUAAUUUGUACUUUUUAGUUGAAUUGGCAUCGGAUUGUUUUGGUGAAUUUUUAAAGCUCUAUGGCAAUUAAAAGUUGACUCAUCAAAUAAUAAAAUUUUAUACGGCUGAAAUUGUAUCCAUUCUAGAAUAUAUCCAUUCAAAAGGAAUAGUACAUAGAGACAUAAAACCUGAAAAUUUAUUAAUCACUGAGGAGAAGCAUCUUAAAUUAAUAGAUUUCGGAACUGCAGUCAUCUAUGAUUAGGAAAAGGUUCCACAAAAAAUAGUGUAAGCCAUAGAGAAUUACAGAAAAGACUUUGUAGAUACAGAGAGAAGAAGACAAUAUAGCUUUGUAGGAACAAAUGCGUAUUUGACUCCCGAGAUGAUUUCUGAUAAACCAGUAGGUCCAGGGACAGAUUUAUGGGCAUUAGCCAUCAUGAUGUAUAAGAUGUACACUGGAACCAUACCAUUCAAAACAGAAAGCAAAGAAGACUCAGAAGACUUAUAUAAAAAAAUUGUGACAGAUCAAAUUAUAUUUCCAUAAAGCGUUCCUUAAUAAGCCCAGGAUUUGAUGAAGCUAUUUUUAGAGAAGGAUCUAAAUGAUAGAUUGGUCGAUUACUCCAAAAUCAAGAGUCACCCCUAUUUUGCUGAUAUUGAUUUUAAUUCCUUAUGGCAAAUGAAUCCACCUUAACCUCUUCAAAUCCAUAGAGAUCAAAGAAAAUCAAAAACCUUUGUCCAAGAACCAAUAUCAAAAAUUAUCUAUUAGGAAAUGGUUGAAAAAGAUUCCGGAUUCCUUAUAUCAUACUACUCUCCAAGACUCCUAGUAUUAUAAAUUAUCAAUGAUAUUCCUUCAAUUCAUUAUACAAAUCCAAAGUUGAAUGACAAAAAGACUGUGAUUCAUGUUACUUAAUUUUUGAAAUACUAAUUGCUUAAACAAGAUAAAUUUGUCAUAAUAGAUGAAAAAUAAAAAUAUAUUUUUAAAUCUUAAAAUGCUAAGAAAUGGAUUAGUUUAAUUGGAGAAACUUUGAAUAAUGGUCUAAAAUGA